AAAACGCAUUUGCCAUGCUACAGUCAAAAUCUCUGUAGUAACAGAUGUCAGUUGGAUAUUAAGUUAACAGUCGUCGGAUUACUAUCAACACGUGCGCUCUUGUAGAGAGAUGGAUACGGAAACGCUCGCGCGCUCAUUUUCUGUCCCGGAUUUUGUUGUUUUUGGACUUCUUAUACUUGUUUCUGUUGCAAUUGGGAUAUUCUUUGCAUUCCGGGACAAAAAACAUAAUACGACGGAAAAUUAUUUCCUUGGAAACAGGAAAUUGAGGUCAUUACCAGUUGGAUUAUCUUUUGUCGUCACGUUCCAGUCGUCCAUCUUAAUUUUGGGAUUUCCGGCGGAAGCGUACGCCUACGGUCUCCAGUAUGCCAUGCAAUGUGUUGGUGUCAUUUGUGGUUAUUUACUUGCUGCACUUAUUGUUGUACCGAUAUUCCACCCUCUAAAAGUCACCAGUGUUUACGAGUACUAUUUCCUACGUUACAAAACUAACUCUGUACGUUACGUCGCCGUUACGUUAGGCGUUAUCCAUUAUACGUUCUACAUGGGCAUUGUAAUGUAUGGUACAGCGUUGGCCUUGGAAUCAGUAGCCAAACUACCAAUGUGGUCAUCAAUUCUUAUUUUCUCGUCAUCUGCCAUUAUCUACACGUCAAUUGGGGGAUUCAAGGCCGUCAUAUGGACUGACGUCUUUCAAUCAAUCGUCAUGCUUGUAGGGAUACUUGCAGUGUUAGUCAAAAGUACAAUCAACGCUGGUGGAAUGUCAAACGUAUUCAAGUUAAGUGAGACUCGUCUGAACUUCUUCAACUUCGAUCCAGAUCCCACAUUACGUCAUACAUUCUGGACGCUGGUUAUUGGUGCCCCGUCCCAGUUUCUGUACUUAUCAAUUACUCAAGCCGGGAUACAGAGAAUCAACUCAACUCCGAGUAUGGCAACUGCACGGAAAUUAUUUUACAUCGCUGCGCCAAUUUACUCAUUCACGUGGAUAUUGGUAAUGAUUCAAGGUCUUGCAAUAUUUGCAUAUUUUUCAAACAAGGGUUGUGAUCCACUUGCAUCGGGUCAGGUGAAAAAUUUGAAUCAAAUAAUUCCAUUUACAAUGCUUGAGCUGUUUCAUGAUUAUCCAGGUUUACCGGGUCUAUUCAUAGCUGCUUUAGCAGCGGCUUCGCUCAGCACAAUUUCUUCAGGUUUAAGUAGUCUUUCCGCUGUAACGUACGAAGAUUUUAUAAAAGUAUUUUUUAAAAAUGUCUCCGAUGAAAAGGGAACUAACAUAUCUAAGGCUGUGGUUGCUAUUUAUGGACUGAUAUCCGUCGGUUUUGCAUUUCUUCUAUCAAAUGUAGAAGGUCCUUUAGGACAAAUAAUGGCUGGAUUUAUGGGGGCAAUAACGGGACCAGAAGCAGGACUUUUUCUGAUAUCAGUGUUUUUUCGAAGAGCCCGACCGAAGGCAGUAAUAGUUGGUACCUUUACUGGAAUGUGCUUUGUUUUAUGGAUAAUUCUUGGUCAAAACUUCUCAGCAACUGUGCCAAAAGCGCCAUACCUUCCACUCGGACCUACAGACCAAUGUUCCGCAUCAGAUACGACAAAUAGUUCACUUAUUACAUAUCGGACAACACCAACACCAAUGAACAUGAGCACAAUCAUAUCAAAUUUGUCCACGCUUCAGGAUCACGUGUCGUCCUCGACAGAUACCGACCGCACCGGUCUACAAACAUUUUAUUCCAUAUCAUAUAUGUACUUUAAUUUGAUUGGUUGCAUCUUGGUUAUAUCUAUAAGCACAAUUAUAAGUUUGUUUACUCAGCCGAAAACUCCUGAACCAGUCAGCGAGAAAACAGUACUUCCGUUGUCCAUAUUUUUACCUUCAUGUUUGAAGAGGAGAUGUUCCGUUAACACUUCCGAUUGUGAUGAUUCUACAGAUUCGUAUGAACGCGAAGGAAUGAUGCAAAUGGAAAGUUGUAACCGACACAAAGACCGGUUUGUGUAAAAUACAAGAUCAGGGAGCAGCUAUAUAUUUCGUUUAUUUCCAAGGACACUAACUCUCAUCAGAUUUCUGUGAGAGGCGUUUGGAUUACGGUUGCUGAAUGCAUGUAUGAAUGGUUUUAAUUUGUUGAAUGAAAUAUAGUCUUUCUUUUUUCGCGCAUGCAUAAAAGUGCGUUCUUAGGGUUUUAUUUUAUGCCGUUGUUAAUUGAAACAAUCAGCGACACGGUUAUAUUUAUGACAGGACAUUCUAACAGGAAUCACUAACUAAAAUAUCACUGUCACUGUUCAUAACGUUUUGCCACGGCCAAAUUGUAAAUGGUUUCUAUAAAAUCAAAAUUUCGUGAACGAAAAUGAUAAACGGCCGGAAAACUGCUAGAGACCAGAAACUGCUGUGGAACCAGUAUUCUUUUCUAGCAAAAUUUUGAAUAUCAUGAAAAAAUGUGAAAUUUAUUAUAAUGAUCUUUGUUUGACUUAUUUUAUAACUUUAACUAACAGACAAGGAUGAUUUCGUAUAAUUUGACGAGAAUGUUCUUUAUGUAAUAGUUUUAGGUUGUUGCUUUUCUUUGUAUUUGUGUUAGGAACCCAAUAUGUUUUUGUCAUAUAAGAUGUCUUGAGUAAUUGUCUCUUAUUGAUAUGUUGCCAUAAUUUUGUUUUCAUCUUGUUGUUUGAAUUAUUGUUGCAUGUAUUCAUCCAUCUUCCAAAUACAUUGUAUGCAUUG